CGCCAAAUAGAUUAGGAAUGCGCCGCCUAUGCUUUACUAGCACUGGUAUUCUGUCAGCUCCGGUGAUUUACAGAGAGUCAAAUGAAGCCUGAGGUAGCCAUUGCUCUGGUAUUUCUAGGACUCUGUGUAGUUGUGGUCGUAGAAUCUCUUCAGUGCUUCGAGGCGGCUGGCUACUGUGACCACGACGGCACGUGCUUCGACAAUCCCAAUGCAACAUGCACGUGUAAAGAAGGAUUUUGGGGGAAAAGGUGUAGAAAAAACGGGAUGUUAAAAAUGAUAACCGAAUUGGAAGAAUACAAUGGAACACAUUAUGACAAUAUACAGGCAAGAGUAGAUACGGCAAAAGUCAUGCGGAUUAUGAAUGAGCACAUUUACUGGGACUACGAACUGACGAGAACAGUGAAUUAUACGAAUCAAGUAUUGGGUAUAGUUACUUCAAAAGUAAGACAUGAAACCAAAAAGAAUAAAGACAUGGACGAGGCUGAUUUUUUACCUCUGAUAGAAGACUAUGUGAAGAUACUGACAACCAUCGUGACAAUACUUAACGACAAAGGUUGCAAUCAUGCUGCAAAUUGUUCUUCGUCGUCGACAGAUAUAAAGCAAACUGAUUAUCCUAUACUACUGGACACUGCAGAGGAUAAUGUUAUAGAUAUCACUAGUGUUAUGGUUAUGACAGACGUAGAGGAAGGUCAGAUGAACACGUUUGACCUCCAAGACACUAUCUCUUUUACGAUCCUCAAGUCUAAGGGCAAAGAUCUACCGUUUCAUUACCAAACACAGUAUGGUUCUGUCACUCUUCCCUACUAUGAGACAUUCCAAGACAAAAACAAAAACAAAAUGUUGGCAUUUUGUGUUUUGACUUAUCAUAAGAGUCCGUAUGGGUUCGUAAACAAUAAAGACGCUGUCGACUCCGGGGUUUUAAAGGUAUUCGUGACGGACAAAAACGGAAAGCGGAUAGAGCUACGGGACAAAGAUGACCCUGUUGAUAUGACUCUGGAUAUGACAAAGAUUUUCUCAUCUACAGAUACUUGGGAAGAGAUGACGAGGCUUUCAGAUGGCCGAUCCUUCUUUGUAGCAUUCAAGAACGAAACGUACCCUUCCUAUGUGAUAGAAUUCAACAUAAAAUCACAAACAGUUUGUGAAAUGUUCGGUUUGUUUGGUUACACGGGAUUACCAACUAAAGGAAAAUACGACAUGAGGGUUAGAACUCAAGGUAUUAAUAAGGUUCUGUACCAAUAUCCAUACGAGCUUCCUCUGACCUUUAUCGAUCAGCGGCUCCAGAUAACAGUCUACAACACAAAGUACGCUCGAGGGGGAUACCUGGACCCACUUGUUCUCACCCUCAAAUGUGCAGAUGACGUAGCAAAACGCAAGAAAAGACAAGCAUCAGCUGCCCAUGAGUUUCGAAUGCAAGAACUAACUUUAUCAGAACUGGGCGGAUCAUCAUGGGAGGAUCCAAAGAGUGCCUCGAUUGACAGAGCUGAAGGAAACCACAUGAAAUUCAAAAGCACAUUUUUUGGAACUUUUGCGUCAAACACACUUUUGAUAGCACCAGCCGCAAUUGAUUUUAAAGCCAUAUUUGGAAAUUUUCUUGAGCGUAUCACAGAAACGCCACAGGUCCUGAUCACCUUUGUAGUGUUGUUUAUAUUGGUCAUAAUCCUAACGGUCCUCUUGCGAAGAUUGGACAAUAAAGACCAACUAUACUGGGAUUACCUGCCAUUGGUUGAUAACAAGAAAGAGGAAACUUUUGAGUACAGCAUAUCCGCAUUCACUGCUAUAAGAUCAUCUCGUAUAAUGACCGCAACACCAUUCUUCAUUCUGGAGGGAUCCAAUGGAUCCACAGAUACCCGUAUUUUGUCUGAUUCACAACGCCAGAACUUCAGAAGUGGAACAUGUAGCAACUUUCUUCUGAAGACUAAUACCGAUUUAGGAAAAUUGAAAAAGUUAACGAUAUGGACCGACAGCAAAGGAAAGUCACCUGAUUGGAAAUUAUCAAAAGUUAUUGUCAUAGAUUUAUCUACUGAUGAAAGUUAUACUUUUCUCUGUGGACAAUGGAUAUCUAAGCGCUAUGGUAACUGUGAUACUUGGGCUGCUCUUGAGCCCCUGUCAAAGGACUUUAUGGCCAAGGAAGCUGUUUUCACAGAGACAACUACAAAGGGUUUUUUCGAUGAUCAUCUUUGGUUUUCGAUUUCUAAACGUCCAAAUUAUAGUCAAUUCACCAGAGUGCAGAGGUUAUGGACAUUGAUGGCGCUUCUUUUUCUAUCUAUGGUGGCAUCUGCGAUGUGGUUCAAUCAAGAACCAGACCCUGAGGAACAAGACAAGGAAACAGCAAGUACUCUGAGAACAGUUGAAGUGGGUCCGUUUAAGCUGAGCUAUAAGCAACUCUUUGUAGGGUUUAUGUCCUCUCUCAUUACCUUGAUACCAUCCAUAGUCAUUGUUGCCAUUUUCAAAAACAGAAGACUCAAACCAACAUACAGAAAUGGAAAAGAUAUCGAAAAAGGGUCAACAGAUGACACAAAAAAGAAUAAAAAACUGCUUCCUUGGUGGAGCCUAUUUAUUGCGUACAGUUUGAUCGGUAUUUGUGUAGCAACUGGAGGCUUUUUCACAUUUUUAUACUCUUUGGAGUUUGGUUCAGAUAAGACAAAUGAUUGGCUUUUGUCCUUUGUCUUUGGAACUGUCUUAGGCGUUUUUGUUUUGGAACCAGUUAAGGUAAUAUUAUUUGCCAUCUUAAUAGCCUGCUGUUUACAAAGAUUAUCGGGAAAAUUAACAGACGUGGGAGAUGUGUACAAAAGAAAAAAAGAGGACGACAACGUAGAGGCUGACGAAUACGAAAUGAAGUUCUACUACUAUCCCUGUCCAAGUACUAAGAUAGAUAACAGAAAAGCGCAGCUCAAGAAGAAAAGGUUUAAAUUGGACAACGAAUUAGCCGAUCACCUCAAGUCCGGCCUCCUCUGUGUGUUAUAUGUGAUUCUUCUGGCCAUGAUCUGCUCGCACAAUGUCACAACGGAUGCUUGUCGUCAAAAUAACGCCAUGUCGCUCUCCAUUAACGACAGUUUCUUGGCGAAUACAACUGAUGAUAUUUGGACUUGGUUAUUUGACUAUUACAUCCCCGGGACGUGGACGAAAUUUUACGGCAAUGGAGAUCUCAGAACAGCAUACGAGCAAAGGUUUACCUACGACCAAUACAACUACAGAAUGUCAAAAAUUCAACUAAGACAGGUCCGCUCGUAUGGAAACUGCAGUGCACCAAAGGAAGUACAAAACGUCGUUACUAGAUGUACAAAUGAUUAUGAUAUGGAAACACAAUCUACAGAGAACUUCUGUCCAGGUUGGGUGAAAUUUAAUGGUUCAUGCUUUGAUGAAAAUGAGCUGACAGACUACAGUUUCCACUAUAAGUCUCCAGAAGAAGUUAAAGCCCUGUCAUACUUUGGGCAUUACGCACAUUACGGAGGAGGAGGCUAUCAGAUGCAGCUGGGUCCAAAACUGUCUAUUGUUCUCCAACACGUUACCGAGUUAAAGAAUAAAUCAUGGAUUGACGGAAAUACACGAGCAAUAUUUGUAGAUUCGAACACGUUUAAUGCUAAUAGCAGGCUCUUUACACAUUUAAAAGUCGUGUUCGAGAUAUCAGAAUACGGUGCAAUCGCGAUGCAAACAGUUUCCAAAUCGUCAAACCUGUAUCCUUAUGUGUAUCCAUUGGACUACAUAAUUCUCUGUCUUCAAAUUAUCUUUGUGAUUAUCAUCUUAGUAAAGAUGGUUUUAUUUGGAAUAAACGUUUUUAAAUUGAAAAAGAAAUGUUUUGUAACUUUUGGAAUGUGGAUAGAUUUGACGGAAAUACUUUGUGGGAUACUUUCUAUUGUAUUCUUCAUUCUUCGAAUCGACAAAACAAUUAAGGCUGUGGAUGAUAUUAAUAACAGUAAUGGGGGGUUUGUGUCCUUUGAAGAAGUGGAAAUUUAUGACGAGAUAUAUCGCAUCUGUCUUGCUUGCGUGUUCUUUCUAGUCAUUUUGCGACUUUUAAAACCCUUAAGCUUCAACUAUCAUGUGUUUAUCUUACAAAGAUCCUUAUUUAGAGCUAAAACUGACUUAAUUUCUUACCUUUUCUUACUCACCCUUUGUCUGGUUGCAUUUGCGUCGUACUUGUACCUUACCAUUGGCUCUACUGUCGACGAUUUCAAAAGCAUGCCUACUUCACUGAGAACACUGCUACAAAUGCUGCUUUCAAUGAUAUCCUUCCGUUUUAAUGUCGAGAUGUCGUCCUUACAGGCCCAGGUUGUCGUUAGUUUAUUUGCUUUUUCGGUGUCUAUAAUUGGGAUCAAUGUAUUCAUUGGAAUUCUGACAUGGAACUUCUAUUAUAUCAAACUCCUACAAACCGAGGAAAACGUGGAACCAACUGUUACACGAUUUAACCAAGACCUUAAUGAUCAUUUCUGGUGGAGAGUCGACAAAGUCAUUCGAAAGCUUGUCCUUCCUAGUUUACAAUCGGACCCAAAGAACCCCCUCUAUAGGAGAGUUGAGCAAAAGAUUGAUUCCUUACAUGAGAAAUUUAAAGAUAUCGCAAGAGAGGAGAUAGAGUGGACCUUUUAUGCAUCAACGAUGAUGUUCAUGUGUAAAAAGAAGUAUACGAGGAGGGUUUUGGGAUGUAGCAUUACAGCUCUUAGCAACAGCAUUCAGUACAGAUUUUUUGACCAACAUACUAAGUCGACGCAAAUAAUUCUGUAUCUUCCCUUUGUGAAGCCGGGAGAUGCCCCAGAAAUUGUGUGUACCCAAGUUCCUGCGCCCUAUUACUUGUUUAGUGGUAUUCAAAUCCCGCAUGGCGCAUCGGCAAAGUCAGAUGUGUUUGAACUUAGUAUAAUAAAUGGAGAUUCACAAAAAAUAAAGAAUGGAUGCAUCAUCACCUUAAAAUUUAGACCCGUUGUUGGAAGUGACAUUAUGCAGUUCAGCAGUAAUAACAUGGGUUCAUGGCAGAUGAAACUUCUGCGUGAGAACGAAUCCCUGGGAGUGUUUUCCUGUAGGUUUCCCACUCUCCCCACGCACUGUUUCCUCGUACAGCAGGAAUCUGUCAAAUUAGACAUCGGAGAACUUCAACAGUUUCCGGAUCUAGAGAGGCACCGACUCAUCAAACCAGAGAACACCAUACGGCUCCAUACGGACAAAAGAAUAAACAUCUCUUUUUCAGCAAACUCCAUUCAAGAAAACGGAGAUAUAAUUUUUAUGGUUGAAAAACCAUUUGGUGCAUUAUGUCCAAUAUUGCAAUUGUAUUCUACAAGAAAAAUUGCCGGGAAAAUAACCAUCUCUUUGCCGUUGAAUUUUCAACCGACUACAACAGUGUUCCCUGGCAUUACGAGGGAAUUGUGGGUUUUGAUCCGGGAAAAGAAUUUUAUAUGGAAAAAACUGCAGUGUAAAGUGGAAGUGGACUUGGAUAGAAUCCUAUUGCAUCUGACCAGUAUCAGUCUAAAAACACCGACGGCUUUUUGUGUGAAGGAGGUUUUGCUUCCAUGGGGACAUGUCGAACGGACUACACAGGAGGGAAAAUUUGUGAAUGAAAUUACCAAACUAAGCGAAAACGUGGUUUUCCGGAGGCAAUGGAAAGACCUGGCAGAAAAAUGUUCCGUGAAUUUAACAUCGAAGUUUGAAGAAUAUUAUAAUCCGUUUUUCAUAUCCGUUGAAAACCGGAAAUACGUUUUCAAUUUGGACAGAUGCUCGUUCAGGCGUAUUAUAAGAGUCCCCAUUACCGAUCAGGAGAAAUGUUUGGCAGUUCUGUCCACGUGGAUGAAAGGGUUGACGACAUUAACAGGCGUGACGUCAUUGGUCUCGCUGCUCAGAGAAUACAACCUUCCCUACCUACCAGAAACAUAAUUUUUGGAUAAUGGAAACCAAGUGAGAAAAAUUUGACUAUCAGAAAACCUUUCACAACUACCGGUCUAUAAGCAGGGGAGUCAUUCAUGUCUUUAAUUGUAUAUCUGUUCUUUUUGUUUAACCUUUCGCUUUUUUGUAAAUUAUAUUAAAUGUUUAUCUCCGAAGUGCCAAUAAUUUGUAUCUAGAUUUCACUUUCAAUUAUAAUGUUCAAAACCAACCAAGACGUCGCUGUUCUUAUGCAGUAAAGGUCUUUAAAUUGAUUUAUGAUUUUUUAGAUCAAUAUAUUAUGUUAAUAUAUUAUGUUACUUGCACAUGUAUCUUGCACAGAAUUGCAGACGUUUAGGCCCCAACAUGUUUAGGCCCCAAGACAGUUAGGUCCCAGGUAAGAUGUUUAGGCCCCAAGAUGUUUAGGCACCUGUUGUUUAUAAUAGUUAUUAUGAUAGUUGAAAGAACAUGGCUUUUAAGCACUUUGGAGCCAAUAAAUGCAAUUUACUUUAAUUUUACUUUAUAUAUACAAGUUCUUGAAAAACUUUAAUCACGAAAAACAUUACGCUAUAAACUUGCAUGCACACGCUAUCAAUGAUAGUAUCAUCCAGCAUGCGUUAUGUGUCCGGUAAUACCGUGAUCAAAUCAUACUAUCAUCACAAAAGAACGAACAAAUGUUAUAUAAGGGGAAGUAUUUCAUUAUUGAUAUUUCAAGAAAAGAAAACAAAUUGUUGUAUUUUUUUUCUAUUAUUAGAAUUAUACAACACUUGAAUGUCAUAAAAUUGUUCAGUAAGCUUAUUUAUGGCAACUGAUUUAUACAUAAUAUUUUUAAGAACCCUUAUAUAUCCCAAAAGAAUUCACCUUCUUAUUACCCAAAUACAAGUGAAAUAUUAUUUCUGUGAUCAUAUUUGUUCAAUUAAAGGAUAUCUCCCCAAAUUAUGUAAUUUUUCUGCCAUUGAAGCUUAACUUGUAUUUGGCCUGUCUUCCUUUGGAGACCCGUCUCUUCAUGGUUUACUUCCAAAGUGAGGUGUGAAACCCUCAUUGUAUUACUAGAGGAUCUCUUCAUUAUCUUCUCCUAAUUAGCACCUAUCUAUAGAGAGGGAGGAUACGGAGGGGGGGGGGUGUUGUUUUAACAAUUUAAUUCAUGUCAUACACAAAGUAAAUGAAAGUCUUUACUGUUUCAUUGAUCUCUUAUUAGAAAAUUAAAUAUAGAAAAUAAUAUGAUGUGACAAAAUAAUAUGAUAUUUAAAAAAUAAUAAAUUAUGCAUAAGAUGCAGAUUAUACUUCUUUAUAAUUUUUAAAGUAAAUGAAGUUUUAAUAAUAAAAUGUAAAUUAUAAUUAACUUAUACAAAUGUAUGCUGGUGCCUAAACCAUUAUUCAUUUAAAAAAUAAAAUGAAAAUUAUAAUUAACUUAGAAAAAUGUAGGCUGGUGCCUAAACAUGUUGGGGCCUAAGCGUCUUAUCAAUGAAGGGCCUAAACAUAUUGGGGCCUAAAAGUCUUGCUACCCUUGCACAUAA